GAGCAUGCAGCACAGCGAUCGGCGGUACGCUGUGUCCCUCAGACACAGCGGAUCACCAAUCAACAGAAAGAGCCGAAGAUGUCGGCUCGGUCAUGUGAUCAGCUUUGUCCAAUCACAGCUGAUCACAUGGGACAUGUACACUGAUCAUCAGAGCACUGAUGAUCAGUGUGCCCUGAUGAUCUGUGUAGCCCCAGCAGUGCAACCUGUCAGUGUCCAUCAGUGCCAGCUGUCAGUGCUCAUCCAUGCCACCUACCAGUGCCCAUCAGUGCCUCAUCAGUGCCACAUUUCAGUGCCUACCAGUGCAUAUCAAUGCCACAUAUCAGUGCCCAUCUGAGCUGCCU